CUCAAUGUCUUCAUCUGGUGGAGAGAGAGCAGAACUGCAUCUUCCUCUUCCUCACACUGCUGUCUGGCUGCGUUCAUCUGAACCCGAGAGGAAACACGAGAGAACAGCCAAUCGGUGGAGGAGCAGCUGAUCUGUUUGUGAAUGAGGAUCACAGCUGAUGAUGUGUGUUUUUUCUUCAGGUGAAGAUAGAACGUGUGUUUGAGCUGAUGUCGAUCCAGUCAAUCCAGAUGUAUGGAUAAGAGUAAGGACACACAGGAGGGAGCCCCUCCCUCUGAAAGCACUCUGUGGGAGGAAGAUGAGAGCCAGACCAAAGCUCAGAGGAACCAACAUAGACCUGGAUAUGAAUCCAGCUGUGGGUCCUUCAGGAGUUACAGGUCAAAAGGUCGUAAUCCUCAAUUCAAAGACAUCAGUUCAGGAGUGUUAUGGAACCUACCUAGACCUGGAUAUGAACCCAGCUGUGGGUCCUUCAUGAGUGACCAGUCAAAGGGUCGUAAUCCUCAAUUCAAAGACAUGAGUUCAGGAGUGGAACAUGUCCACAGAGAGAAGAAGAGGAGCAGACCCCAGUCUGCAGAAAGACCCAGAGCUGAUGUUGGUCUGCAGGAGAUGUUUGGAGAACAUCAGAUCAGUCAGAGGAGCAGAAGUGAACAUGUGGCUGAAGGAACUGAAGAAGCAGGAAGAGAAGUGCCCCUCAACAGGGUCUACACUGAGCUUCACAUCACAGAGACACUGAGACCAGAGGGUCACACCCAACAUGAGGUGAUGCAGCUGGAGACAAUCACCAAGACCAACAAGCUCCAUGACACUGCAACCAAGAACCCAGACAUCUUCAAAGUCUUCCCUGACCAACACAGAUCCAUCAGAGUGGUUCUGACCAGCGGAGUUGCUGGAGCUGGAAAAAGCUUCUCAGUGCAGAAGUUCACUCUGGACUGGGCCGAGGGCUUGGAGAACCAAGACAUCAGUGCUGUGGUUCCUCUUUCCUUCAGUGAGCUGAACUUGAUCAGAGAUGAGCAGCACAGUCUUCUCACUCUGAUCCAGCUUUUCCAUCCAACUCUCCAGAAGAUCCCAGCAGAACAGCUGUCUGACAGGAAACUUCUGUUCAUCUUUGAUGGUCUGGAUGAAAGCAGACUUUCUCUGGACUUCAACAACAGUCCGGUGGUGUCUGAUGUCACACACAAGUCCUCAGUCAACGUGCUGCUCACCAACCUCAUCCAGGGACAUCUGCUUCCCUCAGCUCUGGUCUGGAUCACUUCCAGACCUGCAGCAGCCAAUCAGAUUCCUCCUUCAUGUGUGGACAGGCUGACAGAAGUACGAGGCUUCAAUGAUGCUCAGAAAGAGGAAUACUUCAGGAGAAGAUUCCCAGAUGAAGAGCUGUCCAGCAGAAUCAUCUCCCACAUCAAGGGCUCCAUGUCCCUCUACAUCAUGUGUGAGGUUCCAGUCUUCUGCUGGAUCACUGCUGUGGCUCUGGAGAACCUGCUGACCACAGAGCAGAGAGAAGAGCUGCCCACCACCCUGACUGACAUGUACUCCCACUUCCUGAUGGUCCAGACAAAGAGGAAGAAGAACAAGUACCAGCAGGAACAUAAGACAAGUCCACCAGAGCUGACAGAGACUGACAGGGAAGUCCUUCUGAAGCUGGGGAGGCUGGCAUUUGAACAUCUGGAGAAAGGAAACAUCAUGUUCUACCAAGAAGACCUGCAGCAGUGUGGUCUGGAUGUCACAGAGGCCUCAGUGUACUCUGGAGUUUGUACUGAGAUCUUCAGAAGAGAGUGUGAGAUCUUCCAGAAACCUGUCUACAGCUUUGUUCAUCUGAGCGUUCAGGAGUUUCUGGCUGCAGUCUACAUGUUCCACUGUUACACCAACAAGAAGGUAGAGGUCAUUGAGGACUUCCUGGAAAAAAACAUGGAGAACCCAUCCCUGGAUGAGUUUCUGAGUAGAGUCAUGGAGAAAUCCCUGCAGAGUCAAACUGGACACCUGGACCUGCUGGUUCGCUUCCUUCAUGGACUCUCUGUGGAGUCCAACCAGAGACUCUUAGGAGGCCUGCUGGGUCAGACAGAGAAGAAUCCAGGAACCAUCCAGAGAGCCAUCAACAACCUGAAGAAGAUCAACAUUAGUGAAGAAGUCUCUCCUGACAGAAGCAUCAACAUCUACCACUGUCUGAUGGAGAUGAAGGACCUCUCAGUUCAUCAGGAGAUCCAAGAGUUCCUGAAGUCAGAAAACAAAUCAGAGACGGAGCUCUCAGAGAUCCACUGUUCCGGGCUGGCCUACACUCUGCAGAUGUCAGAGGAGGUUCUGGAUGAGCUGGACCUGAACCAGUACAAGAGAUCACAUGAGGGUAAAAAGAGACUGAUCCCAGCUGUGAGGAACUGCAGAAAGUUCAGAUUUCAAGGACGAUGUAAACUCUCAGAAACUGACUAUGAAAUUGUGGCCUCAGCUCUCAAGUCUAACCCGUCCCACCUGACCGAACUGGCCCUGAGUCAAAAUGAGAUGCAGCGUUCGUCCAUGCUGGUUCUGUGCUCUGGACUGGAGAGUCCAAACUGCAGACUGCAGACUCUGAGGUUAGAGUUCUGGAGUUUGUCAAAGCUCAGCUGGGAUCCUCUGGUCUCAGCUCUGAAGUCCAACCCCUCCCACCUGACAGAACUGGAUCUGAGAUUUAACAACCUGCAGAUAUCAGAUGUUCAGCAGCUCCAUGAUUUGAUGAAGAGUCCAAACUUCAAACUGCAGAAUCUGAGUUGGGACGGGUAUGGCUGGUGAGUCUGAACCUCCUCCUGGUGGAGCUGAGAGGAGCAGCAGUCAUGUUGUUCUCCGCUGGUCCUGACUUUUAUUGGAUCUUUGAUAAUGCAUUUGUCAUUCUCUUGAUGAACUAUACCAAAAUGUCUCUUUUAAGUCUCUUUUAUGGUUUAACCUGAUAUGUGUGCAACUCUGGCACUGCAUAUCUAACUUUUAUAUAUGCUUCAUCUAUGAUUAUAAUUACUUGUGUAUGAAUGUACGGUAAUUUGACGCUACCUUUGGAACAAUAAAGAAUAUUAAAUUUGA